AUGGCCAGCAGUGACAACUGCCAACCACAAAUCGUCGACGAAAAUGUGAAGUCGGUCGUGGCACUUGGAGCGACUGAGCUGCACCAGCACGUGGCCUCACGUAUGCGAGCAGCACUAGGGCGACCACUACCUCAAGUGGAAGUCCGUUUCGAGAACGUAUCGAUUUCCGCUAGCAUCACCGUGAAAGACGAGGCCCAAGCUCAAACAGAGCUGCCGACCAUCGCCAAUGUGAUCAAGCAGAGUGCUCGGCAGGUCGGGCUAGACGUCACGUCGUCAAGAAAAACAUCCUUCGCAACGUCAGUGGCGUGUUUAAGCCAGGAACAAUGA